ACACACACACACACACACACACACACACACUUUCUUGCCUUCAUUCCCCAUCGGAACAUCAAAAUGAAGACACCUCCCUCCUCCUCCUCCUCCUCUUCCUCUUUCUCCUCCUCUUCCUUCUUCCUUCCCCUCUUCCUCUUCAUCCUAUUUAGACAAGGACACGCAGAGGAGGACCUACCAUGCAUACCCAAGGAGACGGGCCACAGUUCCUUUGUGUGUGUGUGCAACGCUACCUACUGCGACACACUCCACCGCCCCACAACACCGCCAGAGGGCCAGUACCUUCUCUAUACCUCGGCAAGGGACGGAGGGAGGUUUCAGAAGAGCUUGGGUUACUUCGCUGGUAGAGAAGUGGUGGAAGGCAGUAUUGAGUUCACCCUGGACACAAACACGCCCUACCAGACAAUGAUGGGCUGGGGCGCCGCCUUCACCGACUCCGCUGCCUUCAACAUCCUCAGCCUCUCCCCAGCCAGCCAGGACCAGCUGCUGCGGGCAUAUUUCUCCCCCGAGGGCCUGGAGUACAACCUGGGGCGGCUUAACAUGGGGGGCUGUGAUUUCUCGUGGCGCACCUACACCCACGUGGACACACCUGGGGACACUAACCUCGACACCUUCGCCCUGCAACCUGAGGACCUGGAGUAUAAGAUCCCAGUGGUGAAGAGAGCGCAAGAGAUGUCGGAACGCCCUAUUAAAUUAUUCGCCUCUCCCUGGACGGCUCCUCCUUGGAUGAAGACUAACAAUGACUAUCACGGCUUCGGCCAGCUCAAGGAGGAGAUGUACCAGCCCUGGGCACGCUACUUCGUCAGGUUUUUGGAUGACUACGCUGCGCAGAACAUCACUUUCUGGGGCCUCACUGCGCAGAACGAGCCGCUGGAUGGGUACGUCCCAGGCUUUUCGUUCAGCUGCAUGGGGUGGACGGCGGAACAGCAACGGAAGUGGGUGUCGGGGAACCUUGGGCCGGCGCUGCGGGAGGGCGGGUACGGCGAUGUGGUGCUGAUGAUUAUGGACGACCAGCGCAUCAACCUUCCCUCCUGGCCCCAAGUGGUACUGGGCGACCCUGAGGCGGCUCAGUUUGUGCAGGGGAUCGCCUUACAUUGGUACAUGGACAAGUACUUCACGCCGGAGGUACUGACUGAGACCCACGACUUGUUCCCUGAGUACUUCAUCCUUGGUACUGAGGCUUGUGAGGGAGAUGGCCCGCUGGAGGUAGACGUGGUGCCGGGGUCCUGGGAGCGUCUGGAGGCAUAUGCUCGCGAUAUUAUUGUGGACGUGAAUCACUGGGUGACUGGCUGGGUGGACUGGAACCUCGCCCUGGACAUGAUAGGCGGACCAAACUGGGCUGAGAAUUUCGUGGAUGCUCCGAUACUUGUGGAUAAGGAUAAGGACGAGUUUUACAAGAAUCCCAUGUUCUACGCAAUGGGACACUUCUCUAAAUUCGUACCAGAGGGCGCUGUCAGGUUGGGCAUCACCUCCCCACACGCAGGCAAAGUGAGCGCUGCCGCCUUCAGGAACCCGGAUGGCACCUAUGCUCUCAUUCUCCUCAACAGGUCUGAUUUGGAAGAGAUGGUCACAGUACAAGUUAGUGGGAGAGGAACGCUUGCUCUCCCACUCUUCCCCCACUCCCUCCACACCGCCCUCUUCCAGUGAGAGAGAGAGAGAGAGAGAGAGAGAGAGAGAGAGAGAGAGAGAGAGAGAGAGAGAGAGAGAGGAGAGGUGAAGUUGUUGUUAUGGAAUCGGACAAGUUUGGAAAGAGGGGUUGGAGAGAGAGAGAGAGAGAGAGAGAGAGAGAGAGAGAGAGAGAGAGAGAGAGAGAGAGAGAGA